AUGGAAACAUUGCCGGAGGAUUGUGUUUCAAAGAUUCUCUCCUACACAUCUCCACCAGACGCAUGUAGAUUCUCAAUCGUCUCUUCAACCAUGCGCUCAGCCGCUGACUCGGACCUUCUCUGGCGUACCUUCUUUCCCUCUGAUUAUCGCCACAUUGUCUCAAGGGCCCUCAAUCCCCUCACCCUCAAUUCCUCUUCAUACAAACACCUCUUCCACGCUCUUUCCUGUCCACUUCUCCUAGACAAUGGCCACAUCAGCUUCAAAUUGGACAAGUCUUCGGGUAAAAAAUCGUAUAUCCUAUCUGCGAGGGCUCUGUCGAUCACGUGGAGCGAUGAGCCGUUGUAUUGGACCUGGAAAUCAAUGCCUGAAUCAAGGUUCACAGAGGUGGCUGAGCUGAGGACAUUGAAUUGGUUAGAAAUAAAAGGGAAAAUUGGGAGCGGGAUUCUAACGCCAAACACGUCCUACGGAGUUUAUCUGAUAAUGAAAAUUUCGCACCGCGAGUAUGGGCUUGAUUGUGCGGCGUGGGAGUUGUCAGUUGCAGUGGGGAACAAAGCGGAAAGUGGAAGGGCAUAUUUGUGGCAGAAAGAGGAGAAGAAGAAUGAGAAGGAUGAGGGAAUUGGAAUUGCAUCAAAAAGAGAUGAUGGGUGGAUGGAAAUUGAGGUUGGUGAGUUCUUCAAUGGCGAAGCUGAGGAAGAAGUUAAGAUGAGUGUGAUGGAGGUGAGUUAUCACCUGAAGGCAGGACUCAUCGUCGAAGGCUUUGAAGUAAGACCCCUACCAGUUUGA